UGUAAACAAAGGAAGUUAUAAAAUUCUUAAAAUAGAGAUGACCGUUGAUAAAGUUGGUCAAAGUCUGCAAAUCGACUCUGAAUCACCACUCUAACCUCCAAAAUGGCAAGUUCUAAGUCUCAAGCUUCAGAAAUCAAACCUUGGAAGCGAAAACAAAAGAAACCUUUUCCAAAAAUCAAGAAAGAUUUGAAACCAAAAACGUUUGCUGAUGCACUCAAAGAAAAAUAUUGUGACUUUGAUGAUUUUGACUCGAAUAGCAGUGAUGGUUUUAUAAUUGAUAUUGUUGUUCGUGGAAAGCCAAAGGUGAAAAAUGACGGAACUGGACCAGAGCUUGGAUUUCUAACAAAUGCAGUUCUUAACAACAGUCUUAUUGGAUCAAUAGGAAGUAUAGAUGGUGGAUUAGCAGCAUUAUGCCCAAAUAUAGUUGACUUAGAUGUUGCUUCCAACAACCUCACUGACUGGUCUGAACUUCUCACAAUGAUGUCACAAUUGCCCAAACUGGCAUUUUUAAAUCUUAGCCAAAAUAAUUUAAAAUCAAACAGCAAUAAGGAAGCAUUAAUGACAUGUAGAGAGAGGUUCCCCAGUAUGAGGAAUAUGGUACUCAAUGGGACAUUCUUGCCAUGGGAAGAUAUCUCUGUCUUAACUACUCUUGUGCCUAAUUUAAAGGAAUUGCAUCUGUGUAGAAAUGACUACACUCAUGUUGAGGGCAAUGGUCUCUCAGGAUUCCAUUCUAUUGAAUGUUUGAGACUAAAUGACAAUAAAAUUGAAGGAUGGGAGGAAGUCUGGAAACUGCAUACAUUACCUCAGCUUAAGUCUUUAAUACUCUCUGGCAAUGCUUUACGAGACAUUUACUAUGUUCACCCAACCAUUCCAAAGUACUCGUGUGAUAAUGUAGAAGAUGAAACAUCUGCUGAAGAAGGCUCUGUUCCUGGAGAACAAAAGGAAGGCAUUUUGGUAGAUGCCUCAGCUACUACUGCGAUGAACACUGACAAUACUCCCAAACCUUCAGACAAUGAUAAACAGAACAAUGAUGGUCUGUGUAAUCUAAGUCAAGAAACCCUGGAAACAGAUGCUAAAGAUGUGAACAUCAUGUCAAUUGUUAAAGAGGGAGAUGCUUCAUCUGAUGUUAAACCUCAAGACAGUGCACUAGAAACUUUAAAUGAUGUAAAAUCUGAAGAUAUUACACCAGAUUCUCUAAAUGAUGAGAAACCUAAAGAUAAUGCACAAGAUUCACUUAAAGAUGCAAAUCCUGAAGACAAUGCACUGAAUUCUUCUAAUGAUGUGGAAUCUGAAGCCAAUGUACCAGAAGAUGCUGUCAUUCCCAAGAUUGAAGCUAGUCCUUUGAAUUCUGAUGUUAAUCCACCAUUCUCAAAGCUGGAGUCCCUGUGCCUCAGUGACACAUGGGUUAAUAAGUGGGAACAUUUGCACUCCCUUAACAAAUUCCCACAGCUUAAAGCAGUUAGAUUAAAGAGUAUCCCACUUGCUCAGGAAAUUAAAGACGAGGACAGAAGAAAACUCUAUGUUGCUAGUUUACCAAAGAUUAGUACAUUAAAUGGAAGUGAGGUGACAUCUACUGAGCGAGAGAAGGCUGAGCGUCACUUUUUACGUCACUUCUCUGAGGAUGAUAAACCUGAGCGCUUUCAUGAGCUAGAAGCCAAACAUGGUAAACUGGAACCCCUUGUUGAUAUAAUUCUAGCUCCCAGGUGCAAACCAUGUGUGAAAGUAAAGAUCAUCCAUGAGGGGAAAGUUGCUUGUGAACCUGUCUUAAAAACCCGAGACACUGUGCUUAAAAUUAAAAGCCAAAUCAUCAGAAUGCUGAAAUUAACUAAAUGCUACCAGGCUAGAUACCUCGACCUGUACCUGGUUUCUGUGAAUGGUAAUAAAGAACCUGAAUUGAUCACCCUGAUGAAUUCUCCAUUGAGCUUACUUGAUAUUGUGGAUGGAGAUGAGUUCCAUGUAUCAGACUCCUAUGAGAAGCAUCCAUUUAAUAUCAACUUCUGUGAGGUGCCCAAGAAAUAGAAUCAGGAGAUCUUCCAAUAACACCAGGCCCAUGCAUGUCUUUUGCACUUAAACUUGGUCCCGAGCAGACUUAAUUUGCCCAUUGUGCAAAAGGAAUGAUUAUUCA